CUCGUUACUGCGUCGAUUUUUGACAUGUUUACACCUGGUAAAUAAACAAAUGGUAUGAUAUGUUUAGUGCAGAAAUUCGAAGUGAUAAAAAUCAUACAAAAUUGCUUAUAUUGAAGCAAGAAUGGAGUUGACUUGCUUAUGUUGCUUAGCAGAAGCAAAUGUUACGUUUAAAAUGUCUACAAAAUGUGAAUUCCGAGCCGACGAAUGUAACGAUGCGGAACCAUCCAACCGCAUGAUACAGCUGGGAGAACUUUACGCACAACUCAUACUGCUUCCAACGAAAAAGCUGUUGUCGGAGAUUCAACUGCUGUACGACGAUAUCUGUUCGCGGUGCGUAGGUAUGCUGAAGGAUUUCUAUCGAUUUCGCAUGAGAGCCAUAAAGGCGUACGAAGAACUGCAGACGAAAGCGAAUAUUGCCAAAAUUAUCAACAGUUUAGAGCAAAGCAGUACCGCAAAUGAAGAAGCUAAACAGGCUAAUGAAUGUACAGAAAACACUAAUGAUGAGCAGUUGCAAAGCUCUCAAAAUGCAGACGCUAGGAUUUUAGUUUGUGCUACUUGCCAAAAACAGUUUAAAACACGCAAAAUGUUGACUAGACAUGAAGAAAUCCAUUCAAGCAGCAAAAACUAUAAAUGUCAGUACUGCGAAAUGCAAUUCGUAGCUAAAGCGACGCGCUACAAUCAUGAGCUGAGAAUGCAUAGGAAAGUUUUACAAAGGAAUGAAAACCAAAUAGCAAGUAAAACAUUUUCAAAAGCUGUUAAGAAAAGAAGAUUGCACGAAACAAACGACAAACAAUCAGAACAGAAACCGAAACCAACAUUUCAGUGUGAUCUUUGUUUAAAAAGUUUCACUAGAAAAUCUUCCUUAAACGACCAUAAGCUGGUGCUGCAUGCUGGUGUACGGCGUCACGUCUGUCACAUAUGUAACCGUACGUUCGGGAAGGAAAACUCGCUGAAAACUCACCUAGUGCUGCAUGUUGGGAAAAAAUAUCGAUGCAAAUUUUGCAGCAAAUCAUUCGCCAAGGGUAGCUUCUUGCGGAAACACCUCGAAGAACACGAAUUGCCGGAAAGCAAACGUAAACACACGUGUACAGUGUGUUCGAAAAAGUUCACUACCAUGGCCCACCUGAACGAUCACGAGCUGAUUCAUAGCAACGAGAAGCCGCAUAAAUGUAAUCAUUGUGAACGGAGCUUCCGUCAGAAGCAGCAGCUGAAGGUACACACUUAUCAACACUUUGGCAAACCGUUUCGGUGCACCUACUGCGAAAUGGCGUACACAUCCCCAUCCCGGCUUCAAGCGCACGUAAACAAACACCAUCCAAAGCGAGACGUGCAAGCGGGCGCGAACAAAAGCGGCUUCGCUGCCAUGGGCAGUGAGACGAUGAGCACCGUAUUACAGCCAGACUUUGGUGAUAAGGCAGUAAAUGAAGAAAUAUUAAAUGAAAUAUGCUAUCAAAUCAAUUCGAAUCCAAUCAUGUUGGAAAACAUAGAUGCGGGUGGUGUUAAUCUCAUCUGCAACGAGCCGAUAGUGUUUCUAAACGAAUGAUGCUUUCAGCGAGUUUCGAACCCGAUCGAUAGUUGUACACCUUCUUCUGUCCAGUGACUGGAGAAUAAACUAAUCUUCAAUUCAACAAAGGAAACUUUCAUUACCAUGGAUGUAGUCCGUUAGCAUCCGAAAUGUUGAAACAGUAGUACUGGACAGCUGUGCCUCAGCUAUCGGAAAGGGAGGUAAGUAGUAAUCCUCAACACCAUGUAAAAGGGCUUUCCUAAGGGUAAUUUAAAUCACAAGCUAUUGCCAAGGUUGUGGAGCCAUUGAAGAAUGCUUACUUAUCAGAUGCUAAAAACACUAUGGACUAUGGACCUUCCUCUGUG